AGAUAGAGACAUUUGUUGUUUCUGUGUAAAUGAAUCCUAAAAACAUGCAUUUAGAAAACUGUGCUGCAGGACUCACACUGAACAUUUGGACCACUACAGACGAUGGGCUGUGAUGUUGAAACAGGACUACACACAGGAUUAAAUGUUACAGCCGAGCCGAAACUCUGCUGGUCUCUUCCAGUCUGCUUCCUCCACUUCCUUCCUGUGUGUGUUUCUCUCCUGUUCACCACACACAUCAGUUUGGACACGUAGCUGUUGUUGAUCAUCGGAGAGACCUGCACCUGCAGUCAUGUCCAGGUCCAGCCGGCGGUACAAGCCUCUGCAGCAGAGCAACGGGAGCGGCUCUUUCCCCGGCUGUGACCGGGUGCGGAUGCCCCGGGCCCGGGUACUGCUGCUGUGUCUCCUCGGGGUCCUGGUGUUGGCGGUGGUGCUGGGAGUCUACCUAUCCAACGACACCAGCAGUGGACAUGUGAACCGCAUGCCAUUUGCAGAUCUGGCUAAAGACAGGUUGUCCCACAAACCCAGUAAAUGCUCUCCAGCUCAAAUCCAUCGUCUGGCCUCUCAGGUGGACGGGACUCGCCUGUGGGAGACUCACCUGAAGCCCAUCCUAAUAGAGAGGCUGCCAGGAACACAAGGCAGCCUGGCUGUACAGCAGCACAUCACCUCCACCCUGUCCUCGUUGUCUGCUGGCUGGGUCAUCGACUUGGACGCCUUCCACUCUCCAACCCCUCGUGGGAAGGUGUCGUUCACCAACAUUGUUGCCACCCUGGAUCCUUCAGCCCCACGCAGGCUGCUACUGACCUGCCACUAUGACUCCAAGGCCUUGCCUCCAGACCCCCGAGCCCCAGAGAAGGUGUUCCUGGGGGCCAGUGACUCAGCUGUGCCCUGCGCUAUGAUCCUGGAGCUCGCCACUUCUCUGGAUGCUCAGCUUAGAUCCUUCAAACAGCAGAAACUUCCAGUGACUCUGCAGCUUGUAUUUUUUGAUGGAGAGGAGUCAUUUGAAGAAUGGACCGCUACGGACUCGCUGUAUGGCUCCCGUCACCUGGCUGAGCGCAUGGCCAACACACCUCACCCUGCAGGCUCCACACACACCACCAUGCUGCAGGCUGUGGACCUGUUUGUGCUGCUGGAUCUUCUCGGUGGUCCUGAUCCACUGAUAGCAAAUCACUUCGACAACACGGCACGCUGGUUUGACCGUCUCAUUGCUGCAGAGAAGAGACUCCAUCGACAGGGUCUGUUGACAUCUCACCCCUCAGAGCAGACCUACUUCAGGAAGGAUGUGUACCUUGGUCCUGUGCAGGAUGACCACAUCCCCUUCCUUCAUAAAGGUGUUCCUGUGCUCCAUGUCAUCGCCACACCCUUCCCACAGUUCUGGCACACACUGGACGACACAGAGGAGAACAUGCACCGCCCGACUGUGGAGAACCUGACCAAGAUCAUGGCUGUGUUUCUGGCAGAGUACCUGGGCUUCUGAACGCCACCCUGAAGCAUUAAUGAGUACUGUUGGUGAAGGUCCACGCAGCUGAGGAGCCCUGCACGCUCCUCCCUGUACUGAAUACCAAUGUGGUUCAUCACACUGGUGAUUGAUAAAUUACCAGCAUGAACCCAAACAUGUGAGAAUAACCUGGUGAAAUGACCUAAAUAAUCAACCUGUCAAUACACCAGGACACCAGCUGAACUUUACCAAAGACAUGGCCCUGCUGGACUGACCAGUCCCUGUGGUUUCAUCCUGGGCAUGUGAUGUGGGUACAAAGUGUCUGAAUUAAAAUAAUAAUGAUGAUAAUGGUACCUGAGGAACUGUAUGAGUCUGUGAAUUCAAAAGCACUCUAAUGAAUAUUUUUGCUUUAUUCCUGUGAAAAAAACCCAUAGCCUUUCUUUAGCCCAUGAAUCGAUUGAGAUGCACUUAUGUCUUAUUAAAGACAGACUAUAAAAUCAGUUUUUGUUCUCUGAGCUAGUGUGAACACUGUUUAUGCAGUGACAAUGUUGAAGGACAGCUAGUUUAUAUCUGUGAAGAAGUCUUGAUUUUACCUUCACUUUAAGUGAAGAUCCUCUUGGCCUUACAACCUGCUGUCACUCAUUGCUAUCUGUAGUGGGAGGCUACACUGCACACUUUGUUUCAGUGGAAUGAUAAUUAGAGUAAAAAUACAUUGAAUGGUCUUUUACAUUGUAUAAAAGGUGUAAUGAUCAAAAUCUGCAAUAAAGUUAGAAUGGUUUUAUUUCGUUUCUGUCAGACUUUGAAGCAAUAUGGGAGGUCAAAAACACUGAAAAUUGCUAGUGGUCUCGUUUUAUUUUCCCCACCCUUUAACAAAUCUAAUCUGUAUAAAUGUUCUGAUGCCUUGUGGAAAUCUUGUGUUUCCAGAUGAGUGAGUCUUUUUUUCUGAAGCGUGGACAUCGUCCCAGAGCUUCACAGCACAUCAGUGAGCCGCUAUGUUGAGUUGAUUCCAGUCGUAUGAUUAUUACUUUUACUGUCUGUCUUGUAUGGUAUGUGUCUGUACACGUUUAAGUCAUGGUGUAAUGUCUGCUAAGUCAUGUUUUGAUAAUAAACUUUACUUGAAAAGUA